AUGGCACUUCCACUGCUCCUGCUACAAAUAUGGGCGACUGUCGGAGCCGCAACUAUCGACAAUGCAAAGACGCUACCAUGCGAACCAUCAUCCUUCACAGACCCAAUCGUUCCAGGCGCUAGAGUCCUCUCUAUAACAGCUGAAGAGAAGCGAAACUUCGACAUUCCCGCUGUCCCCGGCCUCCUCGAGCCAGUCUCCGACCUCAACUUCUGCGACGUGCAGAUCUACCUUACUCACCCGGGGGCCAACGAUAAGGUCCUCGUAAAGACAUGGCUGCCACUCACACGAGAUCUAUGGAAUGCUCGUUUCCAGGCGACAGGAGGUGGUGGCUGGGCUACAGGCAUGCUCGACCUCGCGCUCGGUCCCGCAAUCGCAAGCGGCUACGCAGCCUCUUCAACAGACGGCGGACAUCCGGUCGACUACUUCAGCGCAGACUGGACUCUAAACCAAGAUAAGAGCAUCAACUGGGAUCUCCUGCAGAAUUUCGGAACACGAAGCUUAGCUGAUCAAAUAUACGUUGGCAAAAGCCUCACGGAGCAGUACUAUGGUCAGCAGCCCCGCUACUCUUACUGGAAUGGAUGCUCGCAGGGUGGACGGCAGGGUUAUGCUGUUGCGCAGAGAUAUCCGGAGCUACUUGAUGGCGUGCUUGCUGCUGCACCGGCACUACGCUUCCCAGCGCUCACGAUGUCGUUCCUCUGGCCGAACCUUGUGAUGAAGGUGUCCGGGACGGUGGUCAGCAACUGCGAGUUCAACUGGUUUGCAUCGAAGGCACUUGAAGAAUGCGACAUAUUGGACGGAGCCAAAGACGGAGUGAUAGGAGACCCAGACACCUGCACGUUUGAUCCGCGAAGGCUUGUUGGAGAGAAGCUGGAAUGCUCGGGUGUGGAGAUUGAGGUUACGGAGGCGAUGGCGGAGGUUGUUCGGAGAGUUCACGAGGGUCCCAGCACGCCAUUUGGGGAGAACGUGUUUCCAAGCCUCACUUACGGGACAUCUUUAGCUACCUUCGUCAAUGCCACAGCCAAUCCUGAUGGCAGUCGCACCUUGAACGAUCCUGGGCUGGAUGUCUUUGCCAGGACUAUAUUGUUGAGAAAGUCGGAUAAUUCUAACAACUACGGCUGGAUCAUGGACUCAGAUAACCCAGAUAUGUCUGCCUUCCGCGACGCGGGAGGAAAGCUUCUCAGCUGGCACGGCACGAAUGACGACAUCAUACCAUCCAAGACUACAGUCAAUUACCGCCAGCGUGUUGAACGGGAACUUGGAGGUGCGAAGGCUGUGGAUGAAUUCUUCCGUUUGUUCCUCGCACCAGGUGUGAAGCACUGCGCGUUCGGUAACGGUGCGGUGCCGAAAGAUCCAUUGGAGACCUUGCGUAAUUGGGUGGAGAAAUACGAAGCACCCGAUACGCUUGAGGCUGAGACUAAGAAUAAAGAUGACGAGGUAGUGACCCGGAAUCUGUGCCGCUACCCCCGGAAGUUGAGGUAUCUAGGUCUUGGAGAUGUCAACAAGGCAAGUAGCUGGACCUGCGAGGGUGGCGAUAAGGAAGAGGAGUUGCGAGGGGAGAGGAAGACGUUCAGGGACGAAUUGUGA